ACGCAGAAGGUAGGCUGGGUUGACCUGGAAGGGAGGAAGACUUCAGUGAUUCUACAACAACCAGGAUCAGUCUUUCACGGCAUGGACCUCUAUCUCAAUGACUUCUUUGUGACGGACUGGAGUUUUCUAAAUCGCAAUCAGACGAUAAAAACACAUCUUUAUCGCUAUGGCAAGGACGGCGGCAACAGAAGGGAAGUUGCGAACUCUCGCUCAAGAUUAAAUGAUAUCCGUGUCUACGCUGAGGAAGUCGAAGAUAAAGGGCCGAACGGAUGUGGAAGCAACAACGGUGGUUGUAGUUACAUCUGUGUACCCACACCUGGCAACAGAAGUAAAUGUCUCACUGAGGACGGAGGAUCUACAAAAAGUGAAAGUCCAACGACUGGCAGCUCAACAAAAGCACGUGAUCUGGUCACACCGAGCUCUACAAGGGAUCCCAACAUACCAGCAGAAUCAGAGUCUGUGAGCACUAACACCAAGAUCAUCAUUGCUGUCUGUGUUGUGGCGGCUGUAGUAGGAAUUGCUGUCAUCAUCACACUCUUCAUUUUCUUCAAAAAAAGACAAGAAGAAUAA